AUGCACCGUCAUCUCAAACAUACUCGUUCCCUCUCCAGGCUAAUCAAACGUGUAGCUAGCUUCAGAAAGCCAGACAUCCACGACAAGGAGAACUGCUCUCCCGAUCCAGCUCCUCCUCCAACCCCUUCACCAGCCAAAUCCGUCCCUACGCCAACACGCCAGCAAACCUCCACUCCGAUGGCUGAAGAAGAAGACUUUAGCUCCCUUCCCCUCCAGGACAGGUUUGUCCACAAGGUUUGGAAAGUAAGAAAACAGGCCUACGAAGACGCCGCAAAGGCAUUCGCUACCACCGCCGACGAGUACGACAAUGUCUUCAGACCCUUCCUUUCCGACUCGGGCCUGUGGAAAGGCGCCGUCGCCGAUUCCAACGUCGCCGCCCAACAAGAUGGCCUGGCAGCAUACUGCGCGUUUCUCAAGUUCGGAGGCAAGGAACACUGCACAAGGACGCGUGGGACUACGAUAGGGCCCAUUUGUGAAAAAGGUCUGCCGUCAACCCGUGCGGCCGCCAAAGAGUCGUCACUCGAAGCGCUCCUGCUGCUCGUUGAGCUCGAUGUUGCCGCUCCCGUCAUCGAAGAGAUUAUUCCUGCUCUCUCCAACAAGCAACCCAAGGUUGUCGCAGCGGCCAUUACCGCCCUGACCGCAAUUUACCAUAACUUCGGAUGCAAGACCGUCGACCCCAAGCCCGUGUUGAAGGUCCUCCCCAAGGCAUUUGGCCAUGCUGACAAGAACGUCCGUGCUGCCGCGACGACCCUCGCAGUCGAAUUCUACCGAUGGCUGCGCGAAGCGAUGAAGCCCAUGUUUUGGGGCGACCUUAAACCAACCCAGCAAACCGAUCUCGAGGCUCAAUUUGAAAAGAUCAAAGCAGAACCGGCCCCGAAACAAGAGCGAUUCUUGCGUUCACAACAAGCCGCCAUGGCGCGUGCGCCGCCUCCAGGAGCCGACGACGAAUACGAUGACGGGGGAGACUAUGCCGAGGAACCGGCCGAGAUGGACGCGUUCGACCUGGCGGAGCCCCAGGAUGUCUUUGGCAAGAUUCCUGCCAACUUUAGCGAAGCCUUGGCCUCGUCCAAAUGGAAGGAGAGAAAGGAAGCAGUGGAAGGUCUGUACGCGGCAAUCAACGUGCCGAGAAUCAAGGAUGGUGACUUCAACGAAAUCAACCGAGGGCUGGCAAAAUGCAUGAAGGACGCCAACGUUGCUGUCGUUACUCAGGCCGCGCAAUGUAUCGAGGUCUUGGCCAAGGGAUUGAGACAAGGCUAUGCGAAACACCGAACUACUGUCAUGCAACCUAUCCUGGAGCGUUUGAAGGAGAAGAAGGUGACUGUCGCGGAUGCUCUCGGCGCUGCCCUAGAUCAGGUCUUCCUGGCGACGAGUCUUACUGAUUGUCUCGAGGAUAUCAACACCUACCUUGUCCACAAGAACCCUCAAAUCAAGGAAGGUACCAUGAAGUUCUUGAUUCGUUGCCUGAGAACGACACGCGAUGUGCCGAGCAAGCCAGAGAUUGCCUCCAUUGUCGAGUCGGGCAAGAAGCUGCUGUCCGAGUCGAGCGAGGGCCUUCGUUCAGGCGGUGCUGAGAUUUUGGGUACCGUCAUGAAGAUCAUUGGCGAGCGCGGCAUGGGACCGCAUAUGGAAGGCUUGGACGACAUUCGCAAGACCAAGAUCAAGGAAUUCUUCGAGACGGCCGAAGUCAAGGCAAAGGAGAAGCCGAAGCCUCCCCCGCCAGCUGCGAAGGCACCGCCUCCGAAGAAGGUCGUUGGGGGCAAAAAGCCACUGGGUAUGAAGAGACCGGCCAUGCCAGCGGCAAGUGCGCCGCCUCCCGCUGACCCGGAACCCCUCUCCCCGCAAGCCUCGUCCCGUCCGAAACCCGCUGGUACCAAGAUGGGCAUGCCAAAGCCAUCGGGUCUGGCUGGACUCAAAUCGAAGCGCCCUCUCGGUGCACCAGCGGCCGGUUCCCCUCGACGCCCUGCUGCUGCGCCGAUUAUGCCCGAUGAUGAUGAACCUGCUCCUCCACCACCUCAACCUCGCAUUGGUCUCGGCCGAGGUGGUCUUGCAGGACGAUCCCUGGCGAAACCUGUUGCCGCUCCUGUUCAGAUGCCCCCCGCGUCGCCGCCCCCAUCAAGUGGACUCACGGCACUGGAGCGGGCUGAGCUUGAAGAACUCCGGACAGCAAACGAGCGCCUGACACGCCAAGUGGAGGAAAUGCGGCAUGAAAGGAGCAAGUACAUGUCUGAGAUUCAAGAGUUGAAGAAUCAGAACGCCGGCCUCAUCGAAGAUCACACCCGCGAUGUCCUCAGCAUCAAGGCCAAGGAGACGCAAUUGGUCCGUGCAAGAAGCGAUGCAGAGGCCACAGAGUCGACGAACGACCGCCUCAGACGGGAGCUGGACCGCCUUAAGAGAGCGCUCAACCAUGCUGAAGCCUUGAAUUCAAGAACAGGUAUGGGCAGUCCUGGUAAGACAGGUGCUUCUUCUACUACCAUGCGAUCAAGUACUGAUUCAGUCGCAGGUCUCGCUUCGCCUACAUAUGAUGACGCUGGUAUCUACCGCGACGCUUCUUACGGAUCAUCUUCUGCUCGACAUAACCGCGUUAGUUACGCCAGCAACAUGUCUGAGGAGAAGGAAAACGGAGACCAUCACUACCCUCGUUCAAAGGCACUCAGUCCUGAACUUAGGUAUACCGGCAGUGCAUCUUCCGGGCGCGGUAGCCCUGCUAGAGGCUACAGAAGCUCUGCGGCCACUCCCAUUGAUGACAUGCCGCCGUCGUCAUUCUCGUCCGGUGGCGGCGGCGGCGGCGGCGGCAGCGGCGGUGGCAUGAAUUCGAACAACAAUGGCGUGGAAAGCUGGAAGCGUGCAGCUGAGGUAACCAGUCAACUAAAAGCCAGGAUCGAACAGAUGAAGGCGAAACAAGGAUUUGCCCGUCCUUGA